UUAUAUUUCAAAAACAAUACAGGAUUUUUAUCAUUUGAAUAUAUGGUCAUAUUUCCCAAUCAGUUCGCUAAUUUCACUUUAAUUUCGGAUGUUGUCAUUUGAAACCGGAAGUCGUCAUCACGAUACGCGUGACUGGAGCGUUCCAAAAAUAAACCGUAUGCGCGAUAUUUUUGUUUAUAAGGCGCAACAAAAACCGAUGUUUGUCCUGGUAAUUUAAGGAAUCCAGGUAUGAUUUACAUGUUAUUAUUUAAGUAAUUUCCUUUUGAAUAAGAGUCAUAAAUUUAAUUAGCAUCGUCAAACUUGUUUUGACAAAUGCAGCAAAUACCUUGACCUAGCUAGCCUGUGACAGUUUCGGGUCAGCAUCAGGGACAUUCUCAAAAUUGUAAACGCAUUGCAAAAUAGGUUUUGACAGCUGUUUACUAUUGAUUUAUUGCUUGUGAUGAUACACCACUGUUAAAAAGUGCUAAUUUAUACAAUUUCAAUCGUUUUGCAUACUAAUUUGUGCCAUAAUGAGUUUAAAUGUAUGGAAUGCAGUGGUUAUUUUAAAUGCAUACUGUAAUCUCAUACUAGACUAACAAGUGCAAAUAGUAUCUAGUUUCCUAUUUUCGUUGUUUAAACAUUUUUAAAAAUAUGCAUCAUUUUGGUAGAAUCAUGGGUCCCAAGAGGAAGUUGACGUUUGCACAUAGACUCAGUCCAGAAGUAAAGCAGACAAAGGUCAUCUCCCAGAAAUGCAAAAGGGGAAAGAGAAUGUCUCCGGGAAAGUCUGAACGCUCACUAAAAGAUUCACCGGAGUACGAUCCACAGGCGGGGGUUUCGGAGAUUACAUUUACUGAAAGCGAUUAUAGUGGACCAGAUUUUUCUGUCAUUGAGUUACACAAAUCAGUUAUUAAGGGUUACCAUGCAUACAAGAUUAGGCCACCCUUUACAAAACAACCAACGCGUUUAAUAGUUGAUAGAGAGUAUACAAACAUUAAAGACUUGAAUGCUUGUUUGGUUUGGAUACCAUCAUUAGACCAGUUUCCACAGAAUGUUCAUGAAAUGGUAACCGAUACCAAAAGGUUUAUUAAAUUAAGUGAUAUUGCUGAUUUGCCGAUCGGACAUGUUCCAAGGUCUUUGGCAGGACUUUUUCGCUCUGUUUUGGACGAAGGUGGUGAAAUAUUUGCUGAAGCAACAGGAGAACCAGUUCCUAGCUUCCCACCAUGGCCUGCACCAAAUGAAGAAGGAGGGGGAGUGGUUCUUCCAGCUUCUUAUUUUAUAUAUGCAAAACAAAACAUAAAGAUGGUUUCAUCUCAGUUAAAAAACCUACUUAAUGCACUGAAAGAGGGUUCUGGAAUGAUGGUUGUAUUAAAGUAGAAUACGUUUUCAGAAAGAAAAAACAGAAACAGAAAUGUACAUAAUG